AAAAUGUGCGGUGUGUGUUUGCUGAAACGCUUCUUUCCAGUUUUCAGUUUUCCCUCAAAUUUCAAAAAUUGAAUACUAAAGAGAAUGCUGAAAGUGUACUUUUUGGCACUGUUUCUAGCCGGGUGCUCUGCAUUUGUUCUUGAUGAAAUCCGCGGAAUCAAUAUUGGGCAGUCACCUCAGAAAGUCCUUGUAGAUCAUGUGAACACCGUACAAACCAGCUGGGUGGCAGAGCACAAUGAGAUUUCCGAGUUUGAGAUGAAGUUCAAAGUGAUGGAUGUGAAGUUCGCAGAGCCUUUGGAAAAAGAUUCCGAUGUGGCCAGUGAGCUUUUCGUUAGAGGAGAGAUUGUUCCAGAACCACUCCCCGACACUUUUGACGCCAGAGAAAAAUGGCCAGACUGUAAUACAAUAAAGCUUAUCCGAAACCAGGCCACCUGCGGAUCCUGCUGGGCUUUCGGUGCGGCAGAGGUGAUUUCCGACCGAGUGUGCAUUCAGUCUAAUGGAACUCAACAACCUGUGAUCUCAGUUGAAGAUAUUCUUUCUUGUUGUGGAACAACCUGUGGUUACGGAUGUAAGGGAGGCUACUCAAUUGAGGCGUUGCGUUUCUGGGCCAGUAGUGGAGCAGUAACAGGUGGAGAUUACGGAGGACACGGAUGUAUGCCUUACUCGUUUGCUCCGUGCACGAAGAAUUGCCCGGAGUCAACGACUCCAAGCUGUAAGACAACUUGCCAAUCUAGCUACAAAACGGAAGAAUACAAAAAGGAUAAGCAUUAUGGAGCUUCUGCCUACAAAGUCACCACUACGAAAUCCGUCACCGAAAUUCAAACUGAAAUCUACCAUUACGGACCUGUGGAGGCUUCAUACAAAGUCUACGAGGAUUUUUAUCAUUAUAAAUCAGGAGUUUAUCACUAUACUUCCGGAAAGCUUGUUGGAGGUCACGCGGUUAAAAUUAUCGGCUGGGGAGUUGAAAACGGAGUGGACUACUGGCUGAUUGCAAAUUCCUGGGGCACCAGUUUCGGCGAAAAGGGGUUCUUCAAAAUUCGCCGUGGAACAAAUGAAUGUCAAAUUGAAGGAAACGUGGUAGCUGGAAUUGCAAAAUUGGGAACGCACUCGGAAACGUAUGAAGACGAUGGCGGUGCAGCGACCUCGUGUAGUUUUAUUAUGUGUACAUUGAUGGUGCUGACGUAUUAUUUCGUGUAGAAAAGAGAAGAUAACGGCUCUUCUUUUAUCGAUUAAAACGGGAAUUUCACAAGAAAAUUGAGUGCUCUGAUGUAUGAAACGAAACGAAUGAAUAAUUUAUUUCUCUGAAAACAAAUUUUUAAAUUUAAUUCUUUGUAAUAAAAGAAUAGUUAAAUGAAGCAAAACACAUUUA